CUCGGCAAUCCCCGCUGCUCUUCGUUCGCACCUCGGGUAUUUCCGCCCAGUGUCGCCAUCUGCUUUCUCGUCCUUCUCCAAUCUCCGUGUUGUUGUUCCCGGUGACGCGGCGGAGGUGUAGCCUGACGCGGGCUCUUACGUGUCGGCCAGAAUAAAAAGUGGAGCUCCGAAGGCCCGGGGAGUGACGAAAGGAGCCCGUAUCGUUAAAGCCUAACCAAUGAAGAUGGAGUCAGCAGUGGAGGCUCAGCAGGGGGCAGAGACUGCUGUGACUGAGACAGAGAUCCAGCAGAUCACUCCUGCACAGAUUGCUACCUUGGCACAGGUUACCAUGGCAACAGGCCACGCCUCAGCAACAGGUCCCACUGUAACGCUGGUUCAGCUACCAAACGGACAGACGGUUCAGGUCCACGGAGUCAUCCAGGCUGCACAGCCGUCUGUUAUCCAGUCCCCGCAAGUCCAGACUGUACAGAUCUCCACAAUAGCAGAGAGUGAGGACUCACAGGAGUCAGUAGACAGUGUGACUGACUCUCAGAAGCGCAGAGAGAUUCUUUCCAGACGCCCUUCAUACAGAAAAAUUCUGAAUGACCUUUCGAGUGAUGCUCCGGCGGUCGCUCGUAUCGAGGAGGAAAAGGCCGAGGAGGAUUCAUCUGCUGCGGCUGCCACGCCUUCAAUCACCACGGUUACUGUCCCCACACCCAUCUACCAGACCAGCACCGGACAGUACAUUGCAAUCACACAGGGUGGGGCCAUUCAGCUGGCUAAUAACGGUACAGAUGGAGUCCAGGGUAUCCAGACUCUGACUAUGACCAACGCAGCAGCAGCUCAGCCUGGAGCCACCAUCCUCCAGUACGCACAGACCAGCGACGGCCAACAGAUACUGGUGCCCAGUAACCAGGUGGUUGUCCAAGCCGCCUCCGGUGACGUUCAGGCCUACCAGAUCCGAGCAGCCCCUGCCAGCACCAUCGCCCCGGGGGUGGUCAUGGCCUCAUCCCCUGCCCUCCCCACCCAGGGCGCUACUGAGGAAGUCACCCGCAAAAGAGAAGUUCGCCUCAUGAAAAACAGAGAGGCAGCCCGUGAAUGUCGCAGGAAGAAGAAGGAGUAUGUUAAGUGUCUGGAGAACCGAGUGGCCGUCCUGGAGAACCAAAACAAGACACUAAUCGAAGAACUGAAAGCCCUUAAAGACCUUUACUGCCAUAAAUCUGAGUAGCUCCAGUCUCCAGAACAGCGAGCUGGGCUAAGUAGCACUUAAGUUUCUUCAAAUACUUCGACUGUUUGAUUCUGCCGGCCUGGCCUUCCAGUUUGCACAUGACUGGCUUGUUUUUGACAAAAGUCCAUCUAAUCCAGUUCUGCUUGCACUCUUUUCUCUUCGGUACGCUUGCCAGUAUGAGGAUAAUUUGAGAAAAUACGCAAUAUCUAUCCAAAGAGAACUCUGGAAAAUAUCAAUCCAUUGAGCAAAGUGCUACCUGAAAAUGUAAAGUCUAAAAACAUGAGUUCAAUCAUGUGCAACCUUAUUCAACAGAUCAAAUUAGCUGAGGGCAACUGCUGCCUCACACACCUCCAGUCACAAGCCUGCGUCUUAUUGUUGUAGAUCUGGCUGAUACUUAUAUAAGAUAGGGCUGCACGGUGGUACAGUGGUUAGCGCUGUUGCAGGGAGGUUCCUGGUUCGAUUCCCCUGUCAGACAGGAGCCUCUCUGUGUGGAGUUUGCAUGGUCUCCCUGUGCAUGUGUAGGUACUCCAGCGUCCUCCCACAGUCCAAAGACGUGCUCUUUAGGUUGAAUGUGAGGGUGUCUGAUUGACUGGCAAACAGUCCAUGGUGUACUCCACCUCUCGCCCAGUGGCAGCUGGGAUCUGCUCCAGCCCAGCGCGACCCCAAACGGGAAAAAGCGGUAUAGAUAAUGGAUGGAUGGAUGAUAGAAGAUAUGUGACUGUUUACACAUUACAACUGUUGCAGGGAUGCUAAAUAUUUGAUCGGCCUUUACUGGAGUUCAGCUGAGCAUUCUUGUUUACUUUACAAACAGUCAUGGCCGACGAGUUGUCCCUGGAACAUCAUCAUUGUUGCCAUGGUUACAUGCAACUCCCUUUACCUUGCGCUCCUUUUUUUUAGAACAGAUGUUAAACUGUGGACCAGAACUUCUUUUAAGGUGUCCUAAUUGUAUGGACACCUGCCUAAUAUAAAUGUAACAGUUUCAACGAGGAUCCCAGUAUAGUGAAUGAGUGAGCUGAAACUAUGACAACAAGACUCAGCUUGUGAGAAAGAACAUUAAUUAUUUAUAUCGCUGAAUCCUACAGAAGCCCUGAUCGAACAUGCAUCCAUACAUAUGAUUCAUGCGGUUUUCUUGUGAUGACGAGUCAUUUCCGGUUGUUUUCUUGGAAUCGCUUCACAUUUAUGUCAUACCACCAGUGUUCAAAAGCACAAAACAAACAUACAGUAGGACUAGGAUUCAAUUACCUCAGUUGUGAGGGCAGUGGCAGCAUUGCAUGUUGUGGUCUGGCUUGCCACAGUGACAACUAGCCUUUUGUUUUAUUUAGGUUGUAAGAAAACUGUCACAUUAUCACAGGAAAAGCUGCUUUGUGAUCUCAAGAUCAUGACGACUUAGUCAAGAUGUCAAGAAAACAAAUACUCAUCACUGGGAAAUGGAGUGAAUAACACGUAUGCAUGUCCACUAAGGACUUCUUUUAUAUUGACUAAUCACUAAUGAUGUUUUGUUUUUUUCCUUACACAAUCUGUUCCUCAGCUAAAGCUCUGGUUUCAUUAUUAGAGGAGCUCAGCCAGCUGCAGUUAAAGCCUCAGAAUGAAUUAUGGAUGAAAAUACAAUGUGGCACAUCUUGUCUAAGUGUUUUUAUAGAUGCUACCAACUGCCAACCUUAAAGAAAGUGACACCAUGUUUGUCAACAGAGAUAGGACGUACUUUAGUGUGACAUCAUAUUUUGGUUUAAGCUUUUCUGCUUCUCGACUACUGAUGGUUGUCAGAGGUCUUUUUUUAGAUUGAAAUUAUUAGUAGGGUGAGGACAUGCUUUAAAAGAAGAGAUCAUUAUUAUAACUUUGAUUAUUUUUUUACAACCUGGAGCCACAUUUUAAAAAUCUGUCCAACAUUCCUGUUAGUUAUAGCUAGAGCCCGACCGAUUUAUCGACCAGCCAAUAAUUUCGGCCGAUAUGAGCUUAUCCUGUCACUAUCGGCUAAUUUUAUCACAGAUACGUGCCAAUAUUUCUAGAUUUGCUCACCAGUCAUAAAGCAUUUCAUUUGAGAUUCAUUGUAUUACACAAGCAGUUCUUUUCCCCCAGCAGAGUGUGCUAUACGAAUUACAGCAAGCAUUAUCACUCUCCAGAGAGUCAAGCAGUGAUGCACAUACAUGCACAGUUACUUUCCAGUUGAGUGACCAUCUUUGUAUUAUUAUAUAUCUUUUACGCAAGUGUUAGAUAACUGCAUUAACGUGUAUAUCUAUGUUUAUCUAUCUGUAAAGCUCCAACAUGCAUCAAAGAAGGAUAUCGGCCGAUGCAUCGGUAUCAAAUAUUUUCUCAAGUUAAGGCGACGUUUUACUCACUUUUUUAGUUCUAGCCAGGUGUUGAAACAAGGUGUUUUAUUUCAGUAAGUUAAAAAAAAUCUGACUGUUAAGAUUUCAUUUUUCUGUUGCAACAACCCAAAAAAUGUUAGCAAACUGAGUGUGGAAAACGUCUCAUAACAGAGGAGAGUGUUUUCUGAAAGGAUAGAUAAGAAGCUCCAGGUUGUACAAACGCACACAUUUAUUGAGCAAUCCUAAAACCAGAGAUCUACAUGUUUUCUUAUUUAAACAAGUGUUCCAUUGAGGUCAAUCAUCAUCUCAUUGUGUCACGGUAAAAUCUCAGUUUUCAUGACGUUUCGUUUUUUAAGUGUUUUAAUAUAUUCUGUAUGUUUUGCUCUGUCUGUUAAGCGGUGGUAAAAAAAAAAAAAGAGACACAAGAAGAUUGCAGGGUUGUUUUUUAAUAUGUAGCAGGUUGGAUUCUUUGUGAAAGCUACAAAAGAUAUGAGAUGAACACUAAAGAUCCAGAGAGAUGUGUUGAAAAAAGUUUGAGUUGGGUUUUCUGAGAGGAUACAUGUACCUAUUAGUCUGUUUAUUUUUUUUAAUACAGUAUAACUGUAUAUAGACUCUACAGCAUGUUUAGACCUCAGUUUCUGUUUAUUUGAUAUGAAAAAUGUUUGUAUGACUUGUAUCAAACCAACUUUGAAUAUUUGUAAUAUACAUUCAUGUAUAUAAAUAUAGAAGAUUCUGGGAGUGUAUAUUCAUGUAAUCCAUCAGGCCUACAACCGUCAUGGCAGCUAAGUGUAUGAGAAGAGGCCUUUGUUGGAGGUGUAAUGUUUUGGAGUGCUGUGCUCUGUGUUUGGAUUGACACUGUUUGUUUGUAGAGAAGAACGAGUCUGUUGAGAGCAGCGAGGAUCCACAAAAUAUAACUAUUUUAUAAUUAACAAUUUAGUUUAUUCCAAAAUGUCACAUUUCCCGAUAUCUUCCUCCACACGUGAAUAUAUUUUAUCUACAUUUAUUUUAAUGUCAUGAAGGUGUUUUAACUCCCUUGGAAUAAUCAAAUGAAAGCACAAUUCCCACUAGAGCCCACUCUAUGUUUAUUUGAUUUGACUUUCACUGCAUUUAUUUGACUUUUUAAAUGCAUGUAUGUUACUCAAAGCUCGACCAAAGUCUUUUUCUUUCUUUCUAAAAAACAAAUGUGGGCAUUCACUCGGAUAAAUAGGAUGUCUUCAACAAAAUGUUCAUUUUGUAGGGGUUUUAAAAAAUAUCAUGUGUUCACUGUAGCGCUGACAUUUUUUUUUCAAAAUUUCAAACAUUUUGAUAUUGUACAGUUUCUAUUUGUAAUGUAUAGAGUUUAAAGGGGUUGAAUUAGUUACACAAAGCAUACUGCACAGCACCUCAAAGACUUUAAAUAAUAACCCAGAGCACAGUCGUGUCUGCUGGGGUCGGACAUGUUGAACUGUUUCGGAGUGAUGGAGAGGGAUCUUUGACACAAAAUGCAAAGUUUAUUUACUUUUAAUACAUUUUAAGGAAUGGACUGAAGUCUGAAUAUGAUCCCACUGAUAGGCAUGAAAACUCUCUGAACUUGGUGCCAUAUUGAUAAAUUGUUCACGGAGGGUGGGGGUGGGGCAGGGAGGGUUAUCAUGGCCACCUCCUGUAAUUUACACAUCAAGAGAUGGUGCUGAAUAAAAUAUGAAUUAUCUUUUUGUUGAUUUGAUAUAGUGAGCUCAACUUUGUGAUGUGUUUACAAUAACCUUUCAUCAAAAAACAAAGGUGUUUUCAUUUCUGUGCCAUGAUAGUUUAUACCCUAAGGGCCUCAUUUGUGCAUGAAACAGAUUGUUAUCCAUGUGUGUAAAAGUAUAUAUAAAUAUAUAUAUAUAUAUAUAUAUAUGUAUUAUUUCUAGAACAGUAAUAAUGACUUUUUUCUAACUUUUAAUGUGAUCUGUUUAUAUUUGACACUUUUACACGUGAAUCAUGUAUUGUAUAAUGUCUUGUAGAGAACAAGUCACCAAAUGAUGAUUUUAGUUUGGACAUUGUCAUGUUAUAAAACUCUACCAGCUCAUUAUGUUAACGUGCUGUUCUCUGACAUUACACUUUUGUAAACACUAUACUAUGUUGCAAUAAAAUGCUCUUGAAGACUGUUAUGCAUUUUAUUGUAAGUUAAUUAAAAAUGUUUGAUAUA